ACUAUAAAAGCUGCUGCUGAAGCUGCGGAGAGAGGAGCGAUGCUGAACCACACGACGGACGACUGGAGCCAGGAGUACGAGGCGGUCCGCUGGGUCCAGCUUCUGAUGGUUCUGCUCAGCUUCCUGGGCUCCUUUUCCAUCAUCGUGUGUGUGAUGUCACAGCGACUCAGCAGGUCACCUGAGCUGCAGCCACUGCUGCUCCUCAGUGUGUCGGACCUGCUGCUGUCCUUCUGCUGGCUGCUGGGAGGACUCCUGCUGACCAUACGCUGCAGCAGCUACAACACACACUGUCAGCAGCUGCACACGCUGGAGCAGGUCCUGUACACCAGCUGCUUCUUCUUCACGCUCAACUGUGUGUGGAACAUCUACAGAGGGAUCCACCGGAGGCUGGACUGCAGCACGCUGACAGCGCCCGCCACCUCAGGGAGACCGGAGACCGUCACUGCGCUGUUGUCCUGUCUACUUCCUGUGGUGAUGAUGUCACCAGUGAUCUCCAUGGACUACGCCCACCAGUGCCUGACCAACCUGACUGAGCCGUACAGAUGUGGGCUGCUGCACACCGGCGCCGUCUUCCUGGCUGCGGAGCACUCUGGCCACACUGUCUGCAACCAGCUGCUGCAGUAUCGCCUGAUUGUGCUGCUGACCGCAUUCUUCGUCACGCUGCUGGGCAUCAUGGUGCUGAUGGGAAGAACUCGCCACAUUUACCGCCGAGUUUUGACCUCCAACGGUUUCCUCGGCAACCGCCAGCGAGCCUCGCUCCGGGUUUUGAACCUGCGCAUGAUUCUCUACCCAACUAUCUUCUUCCUCUGCUGGGGACCAGCCGUAGCACUGGCCUUCCUACGUGAGGUGGAGCCCCCUGCUGGACAGAGUCGAGUCAGGCAGAUCCUCUACAUGUGGCAGGCUGUGGCCGCAUCGUCCCAGGGCUUCCUCAACUGUUUGGUGUACGGAUGGACACAUGCUCGCCUGCGACGGGUCGGCAGGAUGGUUCUGUCCCGUGAUGCUGAUACGCAGACGCCGCUGCUGCGAGCUCAGAAGACGAGGACGGGCUACGGCACGGCAAGCCUCACCAGCUGAGAGAAACGGCCUCGAAUGGGAGGAAAACAGAGCGCUGGUGAAGAGAGAAGUGAAGUGAGAGAAGUGAGAAGUGAGGAUAUUCAUUGAAGGUCGUCUCCAUGGUGACGGAGACUGGUGUGUUGCUGCGGUGAUUCUCUUUCACUUUUCUUACUCACUGGAUCAGACCUGGGAGGACCCCAGAGUCCUGGUCACAGCUGAGGAGUCUGACCUCAGGGAGUUCCUGCAGGUCAACCGUGCGGAAACAUUCAGAACAACAAGCCCGACGUACGAUUAAUGAGUCGCACGAGGCUCCGCCCACUCUGCUGUCAACCUCAUCAAUGACCUUCUACAUUGGCGUCUGAUUUCUAACAAACUUGAUCACGUGGCACCUGAAACGUCAGAAGGACUGGAGCCACGAGGACCUGCUGGAGAGCCGGGUCCUGACCCAUGUCUUAAAAUGUAAACAUUACAGAGGAAAUCAAAGCAGCAAUCUAUGAUGAGAUGGUGUUGAAAUCCAACGACUGUAAACAGCUGACAUUUUGCAGUGUUUCUGGUGUUGUGUUUGAUUUCCUGAAACUCCUCUGU